UGUGUUUAUUUCCUGUUAUAGUAAACAGUUUGAAAAACAUUAGCGAUGGAGGCUGAUCCAAAUAACAGAACAUUGACAAUUACAAGCACGACAGAUGAAAAUGUAUGCUUUUCCGAUGUGACAACUGUUGUUAAAAGAUGGAUGAUUGACUUCAGUUUUGUUAGUUUGUGUCAAUUCUUCAAAGAGGGCAAAUUUGAAGAAUUCAACCAAACGAUUUCGACGCUGGAAACGAUCAUUGAUGGUACCCCUCAUUUAAACACCGAACAGAGACAGAAAAGGCAGAUAUGUGGCUUCCUCGCACGGAUAAUGCACGGGAAACAUUUAGACGUGUCCUUCGACAGAGACGAGCGGUUGUCGCCUCUGAUGUCGGCUGUCGGUGUCUGGGCGUCUCAGGAAGAGACUGUGGCGGAUGUCACUCUGUUCCAGCACAUCACCAAUCUACUCUAUGUUCAGAGUGUUGCUGUGUGUCUGGAGAAAGGGAACUGCGUCUUGGCUUCAUCAGCUCUCAAAUGGCUCGAGGAGGAGUGUGAAAUCCCACAGAACUUGGGAAUCAAGCUGUCAUUGAUCGUGAGUAAGAGGGACACGUACCACCCGUUCCUGCUCAACUUCAGCUGGAACCGUCUGCUGGAGAACAUACAGACCUUCCUGGAUCGCUUCCUGGAGAAACACCCGUCGGACUUCCUGCUCCAGGCAGCCACUAAGGUGGUCAAGGCAGGCCAGGAGACAGGGGAGGAUUCUGAGACUCGGGAGGCGUCAUAUACGACCAGCCAAUCUUCUGAACACUCCAAAGUGAAUCAGGAGACCAGUGUUCUUAUGAGACCCAAGAAGAAGCUGCUGUCAACAAGGAAUAUUCAUCCCUGGAAACCAGAGUCUGGCAAGAAGCCUACACUCACUGUUAUGAGAAAAGGGGUGUCGACGAGGUUGACCUCCCGAAGAGCCUCGUCUGAGACGACCCUGAACACCACGACCCUGAACACCACGACCCUGAACACCACGACCCUGAACACCACGACUCUUAGCAACACAACUCUGAACAGAACUAGGAAGAAUCAUGGCAGGUGGCCGUGGGAUCUGGACUUGGCACUGAAGGCGGGAGUGAAGCGUCACGGGGAGGGGAAAUGGUCGCGUAUCCUCCAGGAACACGACUUCCAGGGUCGCACGGGGGUUCAACUCAAAGACCGUUGGAGGGUCCUCAAGAAGGCACAUAAAGUCAACUCCUCCUAAAGGCCCUUGUCUCACAUGGUAUCUUAUUCACUAAGAAGUGCACUACUUUUGACCAGAGCCCUAUGAGACCUCCUGAAUAGGGGGGGGGGGGGGGUGCAGAUUGGGACGUGACCUUCGGGACUAAGUUUAAGUCUGUUUGUGGAUUCUGGGGUUUAUAUACGGCACUCUACUGUUAGUGAUCUUGCCUAGUUUUAAUAAAUAGUGUUAUAGUUCAAGCUCCUUGGUUUUCUCUUCUUUAAGCUCUGUUUUAAACUAGUGUAUUAGUACCGCUCACUGUACAGUUUUAUAUAAGGGAUUGUAAAUAGGUUAUGCUUUUUGUGGCAUGAUAUUACUACCAGUAACCAGCAGAGGGAGCUAUAUAUCUUUCUGUGGACAAUAGCAGCUUAAACUUGUAUUUAAAGUUUUUUACAAAACCAUUUAUCCUUCUAGUUAUCAAUGGCUAAAGAAACAACGAUUAGAACCACCUGAACAAAUUGUUCGAUAGAAUGUGUCAAACAUGAAUAAAAAUGUCUUUCAUUGUGUUCAUUUUAUGUAUUUCACAGUGUAUUUAUUUCUGCGAUAGGGACAAUUCAAAAGCACACUUGUGUUAUUGUAAAGUAGUCGUCCCUCACUUUGGAUCGUCAUCUUGUCUGUACACAGGAAGGAGAUACUCAAAUGUGUUCUUAAAAUAUUCUGUUAAAUAAAGAUCACUUUGAUUUGA